AUAAAAUGAAAAAAAAAGUUGUAGUCGUUGCAAUAUUUACCUUUUCUAUUCAAUGAAUAACUGAAUAACAAAUGGGGAAAAAGUGUUAUUAGGCAAUUGUUCAAUAUCUGGAGAGCGUGAAAUUUAUUUUUUUAAAACGAAAAUUAGAAUAAUCUAGAAUUCUCGCCAGGAAGGUUGUGAUUCGUAUUUUUAGGUUAUGUUUCUAAAAUGCACUUCUGCAAGAAGAUAGUUUUUAUUGUUAUCGUCCUUCAAGUGUCGCAUACCACAAUUAUUCUUGGAGAAGAAGAAACUUUCGAAGAACAGGAAAAUGUAGUUAUUGAAGUUUCCCAAAGGGUAAAUCAAACGGAAAAUCUAGAUUCAAACUUCACGACUGAAAUUGAAGACAGUAAUUUACUGUUGGAGGAGAUGGAAGAUUCUGAUACAAAAUCCAAUGUUACGAUAAAAGAACCAAAGAAGAACAUCACCAAAGUUAAUUGUUUAAUGGAGAAAAUCCAUGGACCUGUAGAGAUUGUGAAUGCAACGAGGCUAGUAGAGUUGUUAAUUUUGGAACCAGGACCAGCCAAUCGAUCCAGAAAUAGUACGGAAAUAAAAUUAUUGCCAGGUCCUUGCGUUGUGGUUCUUUUCUACACAAGAUGGUGCAUUUUUAGUAGUCAUGCCGCUCCUCAUUUCAACGCGCUGCCUAGAUUUUUUCCUCACAUCAAAGCAGUUGCAAUCGAUGCAAUGAAAUACCAAAGUUUCAACACCCAACACGGUAUCGUGGGGGUGCCAACACUCGUGAUUUUCCAUAAUGGAAAGCCAGUCGCGAAAUUUAACGACACCGUCUACACUCUCGAGACUUUUUCGAAGUUCCUGACGCAUUUAACGAAUCAGGCGCCGAAUGGCUCACUUUACGUGACUUCGGCAGAUUUCGGCGGCCCAGUUUCGAGCACACCCUCCAACGAUACGGAUUACUGCCUCGUUUUAUCCUGGAUUUUCAUCGCCGCGUGCGCCCUCUAUUUCACGUCGAAGAGCCACUGUUGGAGGAAAUUUGUCGAGCUUGUGCAAAACACGUGGCGAGAAAGUAACGCACAACACGAGCAUGUGGAUUAAACUGGCUCGAAAUUAGAGGCUAAUUCAAUAUUUAAUAAUGUCGUUUGGGUAUAGGUUUGUAUUUAUUUGUUUAAAAGGCAAAGUCUUUAUUAUUCGUCGGUGUAUAUAUUUCGUAAGAGGAAAAUAUAUGAGGAAUAUUUUUUA